AAAAAAAAAUAAUGCAAGAUCAAUAUUUGCCCCCUCUGCGAUUUAAAAUUUUGUAUAAAGAGUGAAACAUUUCCAGUUUUUGUACAGUUUUGCUCUAACAUGGAUCCUCAUCACCACCAGUCGCCCCCUCAUCAUAGCCACCCCCCAGGCCGCCAUCCUUGUGGUUGUGGCCCUUCGCAUCAGCCCCAUUUGGCCCAUUGUCAACAUCACCGACCACCACCCCACCAGGAACACCACGACCAUCAUGAACCUCAUCAUCACCAUGGGCACCAUGAGCACCAUCAUGGGCAUUGAACAUUUCAUCACAGUUGUUCUCUAAAAUAUGUUUCGUAGUUUAUUGAAGUGUAGAAGAAGUAAUAAAAAUUAUAAGCAA